ACGCAAUGAUACAACUUAAGCCCGUCCCCUUCCUUAUUUUACUAGUGUUUGUUUUUGAAACUGGGUGUGCAGAGCUUUGUUCGAAAAAUGAUAUACAUGCAUUAAUUUUAGCCAGAGGAGGAAGCAAGGGUAUUAAGCUGAAAAACUUAGCUGAAGUUGGCGGUUUGUCACUGUUGGCCCGCACAAUUAUAACAAUUAAAGAUUCGUCUUGCUUCAAACACAUUUGGGUUUCCACAGAUGACAAGAGAAUUGCCAUCGAGGCGCAAAAGUAUGGUGCCAUUGUACAUCAUCGCCCUGAGAAGUUUGCCAGAGACGACACCCCUUCAAUCCAUGCAAUUACGGAAUUCCUGGGAGUACAUAAGGGUAUUCAAGACUUUGCCUUGUUUCAAUGCACAUCAGUGUUUCUAAAAACGAAAUACAUUCAAGAAGCUGUUCGAAAAUUUGAGACACAUGACUGUGUUUUUGCUGCUAAGAGAUCACACUAUUUACGGUGGAAAAUGGUUGAUGACAUAUUAGUUCCAGCGGAAUUCGAUUUAAAUGCUAGGCCAAGGCGACAGGACUGGAAAGGUGAUAUUGUGGAAACAGGAAUGUUUUAUUUUUCAAGAAGGCAGCUAAUAAACAGUGGACUUUUACAGAAUAACAGGUGCUCCAUUGUGGAAAUUGAUGUCAAAGACGGCUUAGAAAUUGACUCAAAUCAUGAUCUUACAUUAGCCAAAUAUAUUUUCAGUAGUGAAACGAAAACGGAUUUAUAAACAUUAAAAACAAUAUUCUUAUUUUUCUAACGAAUUACACUUCUCCUAUUUAAUAUUGAUCUAAAG